AUGGCCAGCUCCCAGCAAUUGGCGCCGAUCAAAAUUCGGUUGCCCCAUCCCUACCUCACCACCUACCACCUGGUACCAUCCAGCAAGCUCAAGGAUGGCAACCGCUUGUUCCAGCUACACAAGGCCUCUGGCGGCGAAGCUCAACCCUUCCCCCACGAGCUUGAGAAUGGCCAGCUCUACUUCAGUGCUCCGCAGCCCGUGAAUCCAGAGACCGCAGUACCGACCUCCAACAACACAGCCUGGGCGCGCGCCCAGCGCAGCCCUGCAAGCAUUGCGACCUGGGAAACCUCCUCCGCACCCACAGUCGGCCAAAUCUGGCUAUUCCUCUACUCCAUCUUCACAGUACAAGAGCAAAUCGAGACAUUCCGUCUGCAGCUCCAAGGCCCCGGGGCCGAGUCUCUCGCACACGCUCUGCGCCUGUCAAUGGUAGCAAUCGACCACCCAGCGCCCGUGAGCAGCGCAACAACCUACGAGCCCAUCCCCAACGAGCUCCUCGUCAUGCGCAGCGCUUUCUGGCAAGGUUGCGCCUCACCACUAGGUGGACAGCCGAUCUGGUUACCGAGCUGGAACCCCGCGGCUGCCGUCCCCAGUCCAGACUACACUAUGACCUCAACUGAGACGGUGCAUCGCCGCCACCCGCGCCGUCAUCCGAAGCCUACCCCCGGCCACGUCGUUUACAGUCGCUACAUUCCAUUCUUGGAUGAGCACUUCUCGCUCAUUGCGCUAGAUUAUCGGAAUCCUGAGCACUUGAAUUUAUUCCACACAUGGCAAAAUGACCCCCGUGUCGCGGCAGGUUGGAAAGAAACCGGUACCCUGGACGAACACCGCGACUAUCUGCGUCGUCAGCACGAGGACCCGCACACCCUGACCGUUCUGGGCCGGUUCAACGACACAUUCUUCAGCUAUUAUGAGAUCUUCUGGAGUAAGGAGGAUAAUGUCGGUGCCCAUUAUGCUUCGGGGAGACUUCGAUCGCGGCCGGCAUACUCUUGUUGGAAAUGA